CGCCUUUCCCAAUGCCUCCCUCGCCCCUGGAAGAACGGAUCGGCGUGCUGCAGAGACCCAAGACCUUGGCCUUGCGCCUCAACCACAGCUUUGCGCACAACGGUGGCCCCGAGAAGCCGCCGCACCGGCAUCGCCAGCCACCGCCACCGCCGCCCGUCUCCAAGCCCCCGACCGCAGCCCCCAAGGGUCCCUCCGACGAACCUCGCCACCGCCGGAGCAGCGUCCUCCAGCCCAACCAUUCCCACACCAUCGACAUCAAGCUCACCCUUGGAGGGGCCCCAAUCCGGGUGCCGGAGAAGAGCCUCUCCUUGCAGCUGGACCUUAAGCAGGGCAGGGAGGAGGAGGAGGAGAAGAAGGGUCCCCGGGGUCCCCAGCUGAAGGUCUUCCUGCCCCAGGCCAAGCUCAAGAAGCGGUGCUUCAAGGAGAACUCCAAGCCGGGGCUGCUGGACACCUCGGCCAGCUCUUCGUGCCUCUCCAGCCCGGCCGCCACCAUGCACCCUCUGAAGUGCGGCUGCCGGGGUUGCUGGCGCCUGAUGCGCUGCGACGAAGCCCACCCCAGGCCGGGCCUGCGUGCCCUGGGCUGCUUCUCCUGCCACUCCAGCCUGCGCUCCUUGAGCUGCGCCAGCUGCAGCCCUCCCUCCCUGAGGAAGCUGGGUUGCCUGCCUUGCGGGCCGGCCACCCUGCGCUCCCUGGCCUGCCUGGCCUGCAACCCCUCGGUCACCUCGGCCAGCUCCUCCUGCAGCUUCUGCAGCAGUGACCCCAUCGUGGCCUACGACCCCCGGGGGGGCUCGUCCCCGGCCCCCAGCUGCUACGGAGGAGGGGGGGACGACAACGACGACGACUACAGCGUCCGCACGAUCUGGCCCGACGAGCUGGCCAAGAAGAUGACCCAGUCCCGGGCGCAGCAGUCGGAGCCCCCCCGAGCCUCCCCCUUGAUCCUGGACUGCCGCAACCUGAUGGAAUACACCAAGCACCAGCUGCAGGGGGCCAUGCGGUUUGGGGUGGCCGAAGCGGCCGGGAGGCGGAGGCUCCAGCAGGGCAAGCUGGCCAUGCUCGAUUUCCUCUCCUCCCGGGGAGGCUGCGACUGCAGGGACUCCUCGCUCGAGCGGCUCUGCUCCAAGGAACCCGCCGGCGGUGGAGGGCUGGAGCCACCGCCUGCCAGCCCGCCCAAACCCCGCAAAACACAGCCCUCCCAGAACCUCCACCUGGUGCUGGAUCUGCUCAAACAAGACGGGCAAGAAGGAUCGGGCAAAAGAGGCAGUCUGAUUGGGCCGGAAAUCAGAGACGGUCCUGAUGAUUUGGGUCCCCCGCUCACACCGGACCUGGAAAAUGCCGAGCUGAGCCCCAUCCUGCCCUUCCUGUUCCUCGGCAACGAACGAGAUGCUCAGGACCUCGAACGGAUGCUCAGCCUCAAUGUGGGUCACGUCCUCAACGUCACCACCCACCUGCCCCUCUACCACGCCGACAGCGGCCGCCUGCGCUAUAAGCGCCUGCCCGCCACCGACAACAACCGCCAGGACCUGCGCCAGUACUUUGAGGAGGCCUUUGAAUUCAUCGAGGAGGCACACCAGAGUGGCAAGGGGGUGCUCAUCCACUGCCAGGCGGGCGUCUCGCGCUCGGCCACCAUUGUCAUCGCCUACCUGAUGAAGCACACGCUCAUGACCAUGGGCGACGCCUACAAAUACGUCAAAGGCCGGCGGCCGAUCAUUUCCCCCAACCUGAACUUUAUGGGGCAGCUGCUGGAAUUCGAAACAGACCUCAACACUGGCGUCACGCCUCGGAUCCUCACCCCCAAGCUGGCCGGAGUGGAGACGGAAGUGUGAAUG